GCGAGCGCAGUAUCAGCCACAGCAAAAGAGACCGGAGCUGAAAAUCUUAAGAGUGGAGCAAUGAUUAGUUGGUCUUAGGUCGAGGUAGAAAUAUAGUCUUGGUUUUGCUUGUCUUUCACAAAUAUUGAUUGUUGUUUUUUGGGUUUUUGUUUUGUUUUUAUAAAUUUGUGGCCUGGUCGAAGUUUGUGUGAGCAUUUCGGAGCCGCAGGUUGUUUUUUUUUUUUUUUGUGUCUGUUUUAUCAGCAUGUGGAGAAUACUCGCCGCAGUUUUCCUACUGUCUCUUCUGAAAGAGUCGGCUUGUAUUCAAGUGACAGUAUCUGAGACACAGCGCAACACAGCUCUGUUCGCCUCGGUGACCAUCGCCUGUGAUUACUCCACGUCUGCAAACCCCAAUGAGGUUCUUGUCACCUGGAGGUUCAAGUCUUUCUGCAAGGAUCCUGUCCUGGAGUACUACUCCACAGCGUAUCAGUCUGCACUGCAGCUGGGACAGGACCCGGCGAACGAUUGUCAAGACAGUCAGCGGACAGUUCGAGUCGUAAUCCAGAAGAGAGGAUCCAAUGAGGCGGUUCUGGGAUCUGAAUAUCGGAAUCGAAAGAUCUCGAUACAAAAUAAGGCAGACUUGGUGAUAAAUGAGGUGAUGUGGUGGGACAACGGGGUUUACUUCUGUGCUGUUGACGCUCCUGGAGACACCACUGGUGACUCGGACAAAGAAGUCAAGCUCAUCGUCUACCAUUGGCUAACAGUGCUGUUCAUCGUCAUCGGGGGCCUCCUCCUGCUCUUGCUCAUCUGUAUUUGCUGCUGCCAGUGCUGCCCGCAGAUUUGCUGCUGCUACGUCCGCUGUCCCUGCUGUCCACAGACAUGCUGCUGUCCUGAAAGAGCUGUUAUGCAGCAUCGCAUGAUGAAGGAGGCUCAAAGGGCCAUGUCUCCGUGGAUGAAUGGACAGCCGGUUUAUGCACCAUUGAGCCAAAUGUCCUCACAGAUGAACCCAGCCCUCUAUCCAGGGUCUGUCUCUGGGAAGAGCAUCCCUCUAAACGCAAUGCCUCUGCCCCCCCCUCAGCCCACAGCUUACGGCAUGGGCCCUCCCAGUGUCCAAGGCUCCCAUGUUUCUGCCAACACCAAUCAGAUGCUCGACUACCUGGAGAACCGGGUGCGAGGAAUGGAUGUCAAUAGUCCUUUGCUACAGUCCAUGCCACCCCCCCACAUGCAGCAAAUGCCUCCUCCUCCCCAGCACAUGCCUAUGAAUGUCCCAUUUUCCCCGGGGGCUCCCAGUAUGAUCUCCGCUCUUGAUGAUGGUCCAAUGAACCGCCGCGUCAUUACAGUUCCACCGAAGCAGUCAGGAAGACCCCCGGCACCCAGGACCCAACCUCCCAGCUCCAGCGAGAGCAGCCGCAGUGGCUUUGGCCGCUACGAUGACCGUGGGCCAUCAGGCGGACGGCGUUACCCCUCUCCGGCCAGAUCUAGAGGAAUUCCCCGAAGCUACAGCGAGGAAUCCCUGGACGGGAGACGUCACAAUAGAUCGAAGCCGGGCCUGGAUCGGCCUCGCUCUCGUUCCAGGGAUGAUUUGUUUGAUAGCAGGUCCAGAGGGGACUACUCUCCUCCAGCAGCAAGACGCUCCAGGGGAUCAUGGGGCUCUGAUGAUGACUCCAGCAGCAGGAGAGGAGCAGCAGGGGGUCGAAGAGGAGGAGGAGGAUGGGCUGACAAACCUCCCAAGUACACAGAAUACGAGCCAGGACAGAAACCAGGACCACGGAGGAAUGAGUUCUCUGACAAAGUUUCCCGGACCGCCACCAGUAUUGUCAUCUGAGCUGUCCAGCAGGGAAACAAUUUCUGACCUCUCAGCAAACGUGCACAACUCAUUUGCCUUUUCUGGCUUUGGGUAAACUCUUAAAAAGAACGGCACAAUAGUUUUUUAUUUUUUGUUUUAUUUUUUUGCCUAAUUAGAUGGAAAGAAGAUGGAAAUUUAUUUAAAAGGCUCAACGCAGCCUGUAAGUUGUGAAAUGCUGUGAGCUUCUAAUGGUUUCCUUUGUUUAAUAUUCUGAGUAACAGUGCCCUCUGCUGGUUUGCUUGUGUGCUUCAAGUACUCUGAGCUGAGCCAAAUUUUAACAACUUACUGUUGUGACUUCACAACGGUAAGUUGUGAAGUCACAACAACAUGUAAACCUCAAGUUGGAUGUUUUUAUGGUAAUAAUAUGACAUUAAAUACUUUUGCAAAUCUGUUUUAUUAGACCUAUUUGAACCCUUAAUACAAUAUGAAAAGACCCUUGUCCAACUUAUGCUUCAAUUUAUAAGUGUUGUAAAUAAGUGUAUUUUUAUGUCUGCUGGGCAUCUUAAAAGUGAAUGUGAUGAAUGCAAUUUUUAAGGUUUUGAAGGAACAAAACCACAAAAAGCAGUCGGUUAUUUUGAAUAUGUUUGUAAACCUUUGUGCAUGCAAUAAAUUACAUAUUUGCACUUUGUGCUCACUUGAAAAAAAAAGAUCUUUGUGUGUAAAUAAGUGAUGAUUUUGAGUGAUGCAGGAUACACUCCAAUUCUUUUUUCUUUUUUUAUAGUUGCAUAUUCUAAACGUAUGGUUGCCUUUGAUUUUUCUCUGUUUCUUAAAAUUAUGUACAGUUGGUUUGAAUUUAUGAAUAAACUCUAUACCUUUCA